UGCGUGCGGAAGCCCUCGGCUCAGCGGCUCGGAUUGGCCCUCGGGAGCCGCCCGCCUUCUCCUUGGUGGGCGGGGCCGCCUCUGCCGCCCCGCGUCCAGUCCCGAGAAGCCGGAAGCGAAGACGCGGCCGUUCGGGAUGCGGGUGACGGUCGACUUCGAGGAAUGCCUGAAGGACUCGCCCCGCUUCCGGGCUGCCCUAGAAGAUGUGGAAGGAGACGUCACUGAGCUGGAGCUGAAGCUGGACAAGAUCCUGUUUGACCAGACCCAAAGAUCCAUCAAGGCACAACUCCAGAUGUUCGUUAAAGAAGACAUCCGGAAGUUCAAAGACACCAAGAAGCAGUUUGAGAAAGUGAGCGAGGAGAAGGAGAAUGCGCUGGCCAAAAACGCCCAGGCCCCCAGGAACAAGCAGCAUGAGGUCGAGGAGGCCACCAACAUCCUCACCGCCACCCGGAAAUGCUUCCGGCACAUCGCCCUGGACUACGUGCUGCAGAUCAACGUCCUCCAAUCAAAGAGGAGAUCGGAGAUCCUAAAAUCGAUGCUGUCCUUCAUGUGUGCCCACCUGGCCUUCUUCCACCAAGGCUACGACCUCUUCAGCGAACUGGGGCCCUUCAUGAAGGACCUGGGCGCUCAGCUGGACCAUCUGGCUCUGGACACGGCCAGGGAGAAGAAGGAGAUGGAGCAGAAGCAUUCCACCAUUCAGCAGAAGGAGUUCUCCAGCGACGAGAUGAAGCUGGAGUACAACGUUGAUGCGGUGAGCGGCAUUGUCAUGGAGGGCUACCUCUUCAAGCGAGCCAGUAACGCUUUCAAGACCUGGAACAGGCGCUGGUUCUCCAUCCAGAAUAACCAGCUGGUGUACCAGAAGAAGUUCAGGGAUGCGCCCACCGUGGUGGUUGAAGACUUGCGUCUGUGCACUGUGAAGCCCUGCGAGGACCUGGAGAGGCGCUUCUGCUUCGAAGUGGUGUCCCCCACCAAGAGCUGCAUCCUGCAGGCCGAUUCGGAGAAGCUGCGGCAAGCGUGGAUCCAGGCUGUGCAGACCAGCAUCGCCAGUGCCUACAGGGAGAAGGGGGAGGAGGCUGAGGUGGAGAGGAAGCGCCCCCCCUCCACGGGGAGCCCCGAGUCCGGCCAGGAGUCGAAAGAGAAGUCGCUGAAGGGGGAAGGCUCCCUGCAGAGGGUCCAGGCCAUUGCCGGCAACGUGGUGUGCUGCGAUUGUGGCCUGGCAGACCCCCGCUGGGCCAGCAUCAACCUCGGCAUCACACUGUGCAUCGAGUGCUCGGGCAUUCACAGGAGCCUGGGUGUCCAUUUCUCCAAGGUCCGGUCCUUGACGCUGGAUUCGUGGGAGCCGGAGCUUUUGAAGCUGAUGUGCGAAUUGGGAAACAGUGUCAUAAACAGGGUGUACGAAGCGAACCGAGAAAAAAUGGGAGCCAAGAAGCCCCAGCCUGGGAGCCAAAGGCAGGAGAAGGAAGAGUACAUUAGAGCCAAGUAUGUGGACCGGCGGUUUGUGUCCCCCGCUGACCCAGGGGGGAAGCCGGCCCUGGCCCCCAGCCAAGAGGGGACGAAGCCAGGCAGCAGCCCUGAAAAUGCAGCAGCCUCUUUGAAAGCCCCAAGCAGCGACCAGACCCCUCAGCCCGGCAGGGAGGAGAGCAGAGAGCGCUUGGCAGCCCUCGCCCCAGCCGACAUCUUGCACGAACCAGGGGCAGAAAGCCGGGAGGGGGAGGCCGCCUCUGCUGCAGCUUCCCAGGAGGCCAGGCUGCGGGUCGCAGGGCUGCAGUUGUACCAGGCGGCCUACCAGAAGAGCCUUCCCCACAUGGCCGAAGCCCUGGCCCAGGGCGCGGACGUCAACUGGAGCAACCGGCAGAAGAACGGCUUCACUCCGCUGAUCCAGGCGGUUCGUGGGGGCUCCCUGGUCACCUGUGAGUUCCUCCUCCAGAACGGGGCCAACGUCAACCUGAGAGACACCCAGGGCCGAGGGCCGCUGCACCAUGCCACCAUUUUGGGGCACACGGGGCAGGUGUGCCUGUUCCUGAAAAGGGGGGCAAACCAGCACGCCAGGGACGAGGACGGGAAGGACCCCUUGACUGUCGCCAUAGAAGCCGCCAACGCGGACAUCGUGACCCUGCUGCGCUUAGCCAGAAUGAACGAGGAGAUGCGGGAGUCGGAGGGCUUCUACGGCCAGCCAGGGGAUGAAACCUAUCAGGACAUCUUUCGGGACUUCUCCCAAAUGGCCUCCAAUAACCCAGAGAAGCUCAAGCGCUUCCAGCCACCGGACACUCCGGAGCCCUGAAAGGCCCCAGAGCUGCAGCGAAUGAGGCCUCCACCCCACCCCAC